UUUUUUUUUUAAUCGACAACUCUCUGCGCAACACCGUGUCUGCUGUGUUUAUAUUGUUCAUUUUCCCCUGUCAUUGUAAAUUUUACUCCUUUCUUUCCCCUCUUUUUUUUUUAAAGAAAUUGAGACAUUCAUCCAACAGUCUUGCAUAUGUUGGUUGCACCUUGAUAAUCUGUCCAUCCGUUUGAUUGAGUUGUUCAUUGGAAUACCAUCGCCUUUAAAGUGCAUUCCACAACAAAAUUUUGAUCUUCUUGAGCCUGACGAACUCUUUCUUUAUUGCCUGAAAGCUGGUUCUUUUCGGUGUCACAUUCCCCUUCUUCACACCUUGCAGUCCCACUCACUUUCGUAUUAUAUAAACCCUCAUCAUCAUGAAGAAGCCAACUCGACGACAAACGAUUGUUGGCGAUGAAAACUUCGAAUUUAUUGAACAUCAUUAUCGCAACACGACUAGAAACUUCCCAAGCUCGAGCCCACCCCCGUCUUCAUCAACAUUCGACUUUCAUCAUAGUGGAGAUGACUCUGAUACCGCAGAACAGCAUCGACAAUCUCAAUUCUACGUCUCUGAUCCACAGAAACGCACCAAAGAAUACCAUAUUGAGCAAGCAAUUCAAGCCAUUAAACUCCUUAAAGCCGCUUCAAAACCAGAUGGCUGGAAAAAGGUUCUCAAACACAAGUCAGGAUGCCUUGUAUAUCAAUCCGUGAACAAUGGGGAUAAACAUCCAAUAUUCAAAGGUGAAUAUGUCAUCCGAGGCUACCGGGCACAGGACGUCUUUUCUGUCGUAGGCGUACGGAAACUCUGGGAUGAUUGGUAUGAUGAGCUCAGUUGUGUAGAGUCUUAUGAUGAUGCAACAAACCUUAUGUACAUGAUCAUGAAGAGUUCACUCUCAUCCAAGACGCGGGACAUAUCCAUGGUGGAAAGAAUUGAGGUAGAGCGCGACGGAACCAUAUACUUUGCUUCAUGCUCCGUAGAAUCCAAUAAAAUUCCACGGAUAUCAGGCAAAGUCAGAGCAGAUAUCUUUGUUGCUGGAUGGAUCAUUCAACCUCUACCAUCCAAUCCCCCUAUCACCAAGAUCACCUAUGUGAUUCAAACAGAUCUUCUAAGUCGGCUCCCGAAAUUCAUGGCCAAGAGGGCUCUCACAAAACGGCCACUUGUUAUCACCACUAUAGAGACGCAUCUCAGAAAGAAUGGCGCUCCUAUGGUCAUGUCCAAACUUGUUACCCAAUCAGCUAAUCGCCAUCGGAGUUUGAGCGAGCCUUUGAAACCAGAAAAGUUUAUGUUCACGGAUCCAGAACCUGAAGAGAAGGCACAAUCAGGAUCGGCAUUUCUCACGCCCAUCGGACCUAUCACAGCGGAGGCAGACAUGGAAUUAAAUGACAAGGAUGAUUCUGAUGAUGAAGAUAUUCAGUUGGCAAUGGCAGCCACAGAUAGUUCCACAUUCGAGACUACAAGGAGUUCAUUGUCGCCUAGUAUGAACUCCAAUAGGUCCCUCCCAUCGUUUUUUACACCAGAAUUCUCAGAAAGUAACGCGAUGCUUGGAGAUACGACACGCUUCAGUGAUUCACAACACUUUGGCAAGGGAGGGCUCUAUGAGAAUUCAUUGCAACACCAGGAUUCCAUGUCAAUUUCAUCAAAGCAUUCAUCAAGCAGACAUUCACAACUCUCCAGGAUGAUGGUUGCUGAAGCAGGUAUUCGACGUCAGCGGUCCACGAUGGGAUCGACGGCUCGCACACCGUUCCCUCCACAAGCGAGGCCCAAUGUCAACCAAGUUCCAUUGGAAGCCUCAGGACGAGCAGCAACACCACAUGUUGUUACUCCAGCCACACCUCCAUUGACACCCACAAACUCAGUUGAUGGCAAGGAUACAGCCUCUGACUCGGAUGCGUCGCUGACGCAAAGCGUCAAAGUUGUUCCACGUGCACCGAAGCAACAUAAAUCUCUGGACACAUCCCUACCUUCAAGACCAAGUUCAAUGGCGUUCGCUGCCUAUGGAAUGCGAUCUCCUUCAGAUAUAAUGGAAUCUCGUCGCCACAGCACUUUGAUUGGACGAAGUUCCUCAUUCGCACCACGUCAUAGUCACAUUAUGCCUCUCCGUGCAAAUCCGCAUCUGAGUCUACAGAGCAUGAACAGAGCCUCCAUGCUAAUGGGCGCAACUUCCAACGCCAUGAAGAGAUAUUCGAUCGCUACAAGUUUGGAUUCUAAUAGAUCUUCUUUGCUUACACCAAUGCACCCACUCCCACAUCGCCACUCUGAAACUGCGCGCAAGGCUCUGGCAAUGUUCAAAGUACUUGCUUCAAGUCCCGAGGAUCGUUGGAGGACAGUGUCGAACGAUGGAACGUUUAAGAACUAUAGUAGGGUCAUCAACGGAGCAGGGCUUCCAAUGCUUCGAGGCGAGGGCGUUAUCAGUGGUGGAUGGAGCGUUGAGCAGAUCAAUGCUGUGAUCGAGUCCGCAGGAUGUCGUUUGUUUUGGGAUGAACGAUUUGAGAACAUGUCCAUUGCCGAAACCUUCAAUGCUAAUGAAUAUCUCUUCCACGUUUCUCUGCGAGGCGUCGGCUCCUUGACUGGGCGUGAUUUGGCGGGCGUAACAAUUAUUGAUCGUGAUCCCCAAAAUUCCGCACUUUACAAUGUCUCAACGUCUGUGCUUGAUACCACUAUUCCAGAGGACCCAGGCCGUAUCCGCGCGGUGCUUGAGCUCUCUGGUUGGUCACUACGACCGAUUUUUGAUGGAGAGGGCAACACAAUCUCCGUUAAUGUUACAUAUGUGAUACAGAUUGAUAUCCGUGGAACACUACCUAAUUCUGUUGUCAAGUCUAUUUCCGCCAGCAUGAUGACAGCCGUGCCUCGUCUGAAUCACUUCAUUAAUAAGUAUGGAUAUCCUCCAUAUGCCUCACAUAUAUCCGGAACUAGACUUUUGGAUACAUUUGAUCCUAAGACAGGCUUUUAUGAGCUAUGCUAUAAGAGCGCACCAGGAUGGACAGAGGUUAGAGUUGGAAGAAAAGUGUAUAGGGAAGGGUAUGAUUUCUUCAUCAAGCCUGAUGAUCCUACAGUGCGUGUCGAACUAUCCCCAGAUUUUGGUGGCGUACGUAUUUAUACCACGCUUGAUCAUGAAGGACAGAGUAUUACAGCUCAGGUAUCUAGAAAAGGACAAAAUCAAUCAAAUAACUCCACCCAGGAUCAAACGACCAAGUCACAGGGAGAAGAAGUCAGUGAUGACGAUGAAAAGGUUGAUCAACGUAAGCAUGACUCGCUAGUACCACGACGCCCAACAGACAGUCGAGUCUACGAGUCCUCGACUCCAAUGUACGGUGGUCCGUCUCUGCGAAAGUCAUCAAGCCAUUUAAAGAAUUUCUACAGCGCCCAAGAUCUCACAGAGGUUGGCGAGGAGUCGCUCUAGGAAUAGAGCACCUCUUAGCUUGGUGGAAUUGUCUGAAAGAACACCACCACUCCCACAUCCCCGUCGGUCAAGUUCUCUCAAUCGAUAUUCUCUUCCUAUCGUACCCUGUCAUUCCGGAGCCAAUGCCUCAAUUUUUCCAAUCAAUACUUUCUUAACAUCUCCAACCUUUGGCAGAUACAACCCUGUGUCUUCACCAUCUUCGAGCUCAUCCCCUACCAGUGUUCUGUCCACAACCUCAACAG